AUGACUAAAUGCAAAUGUAUGAUUGUUGGUAAGGUGAAUAAUCCCCACGACCAAUUUGCUACAGAUAUAUUUAGAAGUGGACGUGCAACUAAGCCAAAAAAUCCUUACUUUGUAACAAAAAUACGUCCAGAUAGGAGAAAUCAUCUGUACGUUCCGGCUGAUGUGGUGAGAGAUUACCAACUUGAACUCCCUUUAAGCAUGACAAUUCGUGACUCUGCUGGCAGAGAAUUUGAGGCAAAACUCAAGAUUUGGCAGGACGGUAGAAUAUGGCUAAUUGGUGGGUGGCACAGUUUAUGUAAGGUGAACCUUGUGAAGAAAAAUGAUAUGUGUAUUUGUGAAUUUGUGAGAGAAAAACACAUCAAAGGACUUUACUUACAAGUUCAUGUUGUCCAUGAAGGAGAAGGUUCCCAUCCCAACAAGAAAUAA